AUGCCCUGGUCGCGCAAAACCGGCAAUAUCAUCCUCUUCAUCGGUCUGGUCCUCAUCGUCUCCUCCGUCCUCCGCCUAGGAUUUCGCCAUCCAUCGCUCCAUGCUUCCGACUGGUACCCUCACUUGGCCGACCCGACCGACGAGGUCGACCACUGGGACUGGGAGACCACCUCCCGCUUCGUCCCCGUACAUAAUAGUAGCAGCGGCGAUAUCGAUGAUCCCGGGUUCUGCAAGUCCUUCCCGACAUAUCUCCUUUCGCGCAUCCAGGUGGUGCUGAAAAUCGGCGCGUCCGAAAGUCCCGAGCGUCUCGACACCCAAACGUCAACCGUCACCCGGUGCAUCUCGAACUUGAUUAUUGUCUCCGAUCGCGAAGCCGAGAUCAAGGGUCAUCGGGUUCAUAACAUCUUGGCGACCCUACCCGAGUCGUUCCGAGCCAACACCUCUGCCUUUGAAGCAUACGAUGUCCUACAACGAGCCGAUAACAACGCCAUCAGUAGCAGCCAGGGCUGGGAAUUGGAUCGCUACAAGUUCUUGCCCAUGGUGGAACGCGCGCAUGAGAUAAACCCGACGGCAGAUUGGUUUGUCUUCCUCGAGUCCGAUACCUACUACGUUUGGGAUAAUCUGUUCCGACUGUUGGACCAGUUCGAUCCCUCCGUGGCCCUGUAUUUUGGAUCGCCGAGCCCGGGCAGAAGCAUUAGUGAUAAGGAACGAUCAUUCUUUGCAUACGGCGGGGCCGGGUUCGUUCUCUCGAGAGCCGCAGUAGAGAAGUUGGUUUCUCGAAAGGCAGGACCCUAUGGGGAGUAUAGCGAGGCUCCGCUCAGCCAGAGGUAUGAAGACAUCGUGAAGGCGGAUUGCUGUGGGGAUUCCGUACUGGGGUGGGCGUUGUAUGAAAAAGGAGUCUCCUUGUCUGGGCUCUGGCCCAUGUUCAACCCUCAUCCGCUACAUGGGAUCCCGUUCGACAAUGCAUAUUGGUGUCAGCCGGUAAUUAGUAUGCAUAAGACGUCGUUGUCGGAUAUGAAAGGCCUGACAGAAUGGGAGAACCAGCGGGACCGAACGAAACCUCUCCUGUACGCUGACCUAUUCGAUUAUCUGCAGUUGGGCACGUUUGAGCGGAAGUCUGAAUGGGACAAUGGCGACUGGGGUGGAUUUCAGGAGCCCCCGGAUUCCGCCGCGCAUACCUCGUUCGACGCCUGCCGGGAUGCUUGUCAUAAUCACGCGGAGUGCCUGUCGUACACAUAUGACUACGCCGGUCACUGCAUCUUCGUUCGGACAAUGCGGCUGGGAGCUAACAAACCAUUCACGUCUGAUGUGCAGUUGUCAGCGGGAUGGGAUACCAAGAAGAUACAGCGGUGGCGGGAGACUCACCAGUGCGAAAAGCCGCUAUGGAUGAAACCCAGUACGAGUCGAAUUUUCUGA